UAGUAAUUUUCCACUGUACUUGUUUUCCAAAGCCGAAAACAUUUGUCCAAACACCCAAAUCGGAAAGGACCGUUGGAAAAAUUCAUUCAUACGUCUCAAUUUCCGUUCGACCUUUCUGGAGUGAGGUUCCGAAAUGACUAUCAGGUUCUGUAUCUUUUAUACUUUAUUGGUGUUAAUUUUGCAGGUUCCCCAUGGAGAGCAAUUUUUUGGAUUGGAGAUCAAAGGUCAUUUUGGUACGGAGAGAGAUAUUUCGAAUGCAGCGCUUGCCGUCGUAACACCUUUCCUGUCAAUGAAAGCGACGAUGGCCAGGUUCAACAGUUUGUAUCCGUUUAGUACGGUUGAGUUGAGCGAUGCUGCAGAUGCCGUUAACUAUAUCUACAGUGGGAUGGUGACAACCGUUCAAAAUGCUACCAGUUUAGUGGGAUACGCAGCUUUGGACAUGAUAAGUGAUCCCUUGGACUUGUUUGCCCAAAUUAACGAGGCACUGUGCACGGCGGAGGAAUUCGUCAAGUCGACGUCCACUGAAGUUGACAAAGUUAGGUUAAUCUCAACGGGAAUCGCUGAGGUACUUACUGAUGCCUUUGGGAUUCUGCGAAGUAUCGUGAUUGACUUGGAAGACUCGAUGAGUACCUUUGAUAGCUCGCUGAACCUGAUUGAUGACAUCAACAAUGUAACACCCGGAAAUGUGUUCAAAGUGUUGAACAAGUUUAAAUUAGCCAAAGCGAUCGGUAUUCUGGAUGCAUUCAAAUCGAAAAUUGAAAUCGUGCAGGGUCAGGUAGCGGAUUUGAUGUCGCAGGUCACAAGCUCUGAUCAUCUGAUAAGAUCCUACACGUCACUGCUAACGGAUGCGUUCUCGACACUUAAUGCACCUCUGUAUAGAUCAUACAAUGCGAUAAUGAAAGCAUCAGAUUUAUUUACGAGUGAAAUUGCCAGUACCUUGACCAAGUUAAAUACAGUGACUGUCAAAUUUAACGAUAAGAUAAAAACCUUCACGGAUGACAUUAUUGGAGCAAAUGUCGCGAACAUCACCGCGGCCACAAACGAUUUCGUCAACUUCUACAAAUACUUCCUCGAUACGCUGUUGCCCAAUUCUCAGGAAAAGUUUGAAGCGGUUGCUUCCUGGACUACGGAUUCCGUCCAAACGGCAGCUAGGGAUGUUCUGUUCAACACGUAUCAAACGUUGGAUAACGCUAUCAGAAACCUUCCUUCCGGAAGUACCUGUGCUACCAAGUAUCUGACUCCUUUGGUCAAGACGUUGAGUACUCGGAUACCAUCUUUGUCAAGCUGUCUGAGCUCUCUGGAUUCUACAGCUGUAGCUAACGAGCAGGCGGUCAUUCUAAAGAAGUUACUCAAAGAUCGUCUGUAUUACACCAGUUUAUGGACGGAUGCCGUUACCGGAGUCACGAACAAAUCUAGUGCCACCGUUCGCAGGAUUGCACUCAGCAAAAUACUGGCCAAAACGCCCUCCUCCAACGUGGACAUCCACCAACCAGCUCUGGCCGAUACGUACAGCAUCUUCGCCCAGCUCGUGUCUAACUUCAACAGUCAGCAGAAUCGCGUCACCAUGUGUCUGACGCUGAAGGGAGUGGACUACUCGGCGCUGGUCAUAUCCGCUUCGAACGCGUACUUUUCCUGCAUCAAGCGGGCCUGAGCGAUAAAAUCUUGCAGAAUGGAGUCGUGCAAUAAAGUAUGGUGAAUUUUGAUUGAAAUGCCGCUUGUCAUUGUUGACUUCAACUUCGAGCCAGCCUUAUCGAAAGGCAAGCAAUUGCGUGGGUUUGUUUAUUGGGAGGAUUUUUGAACGAAAACAAACGUUCGUUAAUCGAUAAUGCUUGAUAACGCUAGAAAUGCUGACCGAAGGCGGAUGACAUAAUAAGUAAGUCAUGUACAGAAUUUUCUAGACCAAGAUUCCUUGAUUUUCCGACAUUGAAAUCGAGAUUCGCUUGACCUCAAUUACUGUCAACUCAGUUCCGCACAUUCCUCACACUUCUUCCGCAUUUCCGGCGGCCAGCAUCCCUCACCGAGAGUGCAAUACCCCACAUAACAAUUAGAGAAAAAAAACUGUGCCGCAAAAUGUGGUUUACAAUCACGCGGAACAAAGAACCCCACGCUCACGGAGCAGCUAAUUUAGGAUUCGAGAUGCUUCACUAUGCGCCACCUGGUGUUCUGAUUGGGAAGUCGUUUGAAAUGUAUACGGCACAAUGAGAGUGCACUCUAAUUGCCGCGGUGAAGUCCCCACCCCCCUCCAGGGUGCACCUUUGAUUGAUGCCGCCGAUAAUUAUACACGGUGUGAGUGGGGUUUGAUUGUGAGAAUUGAAUUGUAAUUGAAGUGAAGCAUAAAUGAUCACUUGACAAGCGACAGGUCAGAGAGUUCAAAAGUAUCCACAUUA